UUUUUUACCCUCCUUACCCCCUCUCUCUCUCGCUCACACACACACGCAGCUGCUCCGUGUCGCUUCGUCACCGUUUCUAUUUAAGUCAUGCAAAAGUUGGAAUUUAAAAAAGCGCAUUUGCAGCGCAUUAAUGGCGAAUAAUCACUUGGUUUUUCGGCCGCAGUGCCACUUAAAGCUUCCACGGCGCGUCAGGAUUAUCAUCGACGUUUGGAUUUAUGGCUCAGCAGCUGCAGAGCAUUCAGCAAAGGCAUGAUGAUUGUUGUAGGAAGUGUCAGGGCUUUUUUUUUUCCUCCUCCUCAAGCCGGGCUAUUCAAACCUGCAAAUCAAAGAUGGCUGAACCCCGCUUUAACAACCCCUAUUUUUGGCCUCCCCCUCCUGCCAUGCCUGGUCAGCUGGAUAACCUAGUAUUGAUCAAUAAAAUCAAGGAGCAGCUGAUGGCGGAGAAGAUCAGACCGCAUCAUCUGCCCCCUGCUUCAGCCCCUUCCCAGCAGCCCCUACUGGCUACCUCCAGCCAGCCUGAAGGCGGCCAGCAUGGAAUAUCCAAAGCCCAGCAGAUGCCUGUUCUUCACAACCACAGCCCAUCUCAGCCUGAUAUCGCCCUGCACGCCCGCCCUGCCUCCAGCUCAGUCACAGGCCGUAUUCUUGGAGAUGUAAAUUUGAAUCUAGAUGAUAAGGCAGCUAUAAAAGCCAGAGGAUUAUGGGAAGACUGGCAUCUGCGUCAACUCAUAGAUCAUCCUUCUAGAACAAACCACGUCUCAGGUGUGGCGCUGGCAUCCAGAACAGGCAACCUAAACACCUCGGAGAUCAUCACCCCCACCACGCCCACCUCAAGCAGCCACAGCCGGCUGGGUGGAGCUCCCUCCCCUCACCUCAUCUCAGGGUUGGCCGGCCACGGCAUGGAGCCUGGGAAAAACAGCGGUGGACUCGUGGGACUCCUUGGUCCUCCUCCGAAGCAGGAACGAGGACGCAAGAAGAUUAAGGCAGAGAACGGGUCAUCUCUUUUGGUGGUGCCCUACCCAUUUCUAGCCUCAGGCAACGACCAGUCGUGCAUCACCAUUGCUGCCAAAGAGGGAAAAACCUAUAGGUGUAAAGUUUGUCCGCUGACCUUCUUCUCUAAGUCAGACAUGCAGAUUCACUCCAAAACACACACAGAGGCGAAGGCUCACAAGUGUCCUCACUGCACCAAGUCCUUUGCGAACGCGUCCUACCUAGCCCAGCACCUGCGCAUACACCUGGGCGUCAAACCUUAUCGCUGUACCUACUGUGAGAAAUGUUUUCGCCAGCUCUCCCACCUUCAGCAGCACACCAGAAUCCACACGGGUGAUCGGCCUUAUAAAUGUGCCCAUCCUGGAUGUGAAAAAGCUUUUACUCAGCUGUCUAAUCUGCAGUCUCACCAGAGGCAGCACAACAAAGACAAGCCCUUCAAAUGUUCCAACUGUUACCGUGCCUACUCAGACUCUGCCUCGCUUCAAAUACACUUGUCUGCACAUGCCAUAAAAAACGCCAAGGCCUACUGCUGCAGCAUGUGCGGCAGGUCGUACACCUCUGAGACCUACCUUAUGAAACACAUGUCUAAACAUGCAGUGGUGGAACACGUGGUGUCUCAUCACUCCCCUCAUCACAGGACAGACUCUCCCGCCAUCCCUAUACGGAUCUCCCUCAUCUGAGCCCCUCACGCGUCUCCUGCCCUCCUGUUUUCUGUGACAUCGUCACUUUGGUCCUCUGAUGAACCACACAGCCCGCUACUGGGAUCCAAAAACGUGCCAGAUUGCCAGUAUUUUGUGACGAGGUGCUCUUUUAUUGAGUAUAUCCUCCUGUCCUUCCUUGCUGACCAGAUAGUAUUAUCGGGGGCAUCCAAAGAUGAUUUCUCAGCACUUUCCGGCCUGAAAAUCACAGGCCUAAAAUUUCAUUUUUCUAUGUGACUUCACAGGAAAAAAAAAUGCUCCAGGCAGCUACAUGGAAAACCUUUUUAACCUUUUUUUUUGUGUGUUUCACAGAUUUAUUUGUCUUUUUUAUACAGUCCUUUACUUUCUUUACUCAAAUCUUUACAAAAUAAAUAUAUUUGCAUCAGAAAUAGUCUUCCAUUAGCUGAGUGGCCAAGUUAACAUAAAAGUGAAUGCUUAUAUACUGUGUAGCUAUUCAUGUAUAUCGUGCCACUUCUCAUGUCAGCUUUGUCAGCAACGUUUCAUCAACCACACGACCGUAAUACACACAUCUUAUUAUUCUUAUUCUUUUCAGCCUGCUGCCAAGUUCAACCUGAGCCGCUGUGACUCAUUAUAGUUUUAAUUCUUUUCUUUUUUUUUAAUUUUUGUUUUUGUAUUGUUAAACAAAUAUUGCUCAAAGCAAUCCUGGAGAACUCAGUUUAAUCUGGUCAAGGUUUAAAAGUUCUGAAUGAUGAGGACUGUUAUAAACCGUCUCAUAAAAAGAUACUAAAUAAACCUCCAAGCCACUGAAAAAUGAAAUGGAAGCUGUCACACAACUAAUGCAAGAGGUUCUGCAUUCAGUAGUGUUACAAAUGCAAGGAACAAUGUUUCAUUACUCCGCCCAUAAAAGGCAAAAAACCCAAAAACAACCCUCAGAAAGUGACUGUAAAGCUCUGUGUUAUGAAUUGAAGGUUUAUGGUUAAAAAUAAAUGAGUAUGCUCCUGGUCAUGCUCUCAACCUUGAUGCGCCACCUUGGGGCAUGAAUACCGUGGACUGUUCCACUGAAGACCGAGAUGAUGCUCAACAUAGAAGUCCGUUUGAUGCAGAACCCGCACAUAUAUGUGUGACUCUGAUGGGCAGUGCAAAUGGAAGAUGCAAGAUAGAAGCAGUACAGUGCUUCACAGUGGCCAAAUUUAAAAUCAGAGAGUUUUUUGCUUCUUAUGGGCGGAGUUAAAAAAUGUUAUAUGUUGUAACCCAAACAUGUGUUACUCUCAGUUUAAGUUAAAACUGAAAAAAAGACAAUGUAUAAUCACUUAUCUUGCCAAAUUUAUAUUUGUUUGUGUGUGUGUGCGUGUGUGAGUGUGUGUGUUGUGUGCACUUUGUUUUGUCCGUUUUGUAUUUAAUCUGGUUUUAAAAUAAACCAAUGUGGUGGCAAGACUUCCACCACCGUUAUUUGACAAUAAGCUUUUUCCUUUUUGGUUGUGUAAUCAAAGCAUCAACCUUAUUUGAAUAUGAAUUUUUUCAUUGAUUUAUGAAUGAAUAUUUUGUCAUUUUAUAUGCAUUUAAGCCUUAACUUUGUUACAAUUCUACAUUUCAUUUUGUUGUUGGCUUUACAUUUGCCUUUUAUGUUAUAGCAUGACGUAUACUGUAAAUAAACUAUACCUACUGUCAACCCAUUUUAUAUUAAA